AGUAGGACAAAAGUAGCCGGCAAGCCACAUCCAUCUUCGCCACAGAGGUUUGACUGCAGUUAGAAGAAGCGUAGAAAGUUUUCCAGCUGGAAGAGUGAAGCUCCUGACCCGUCAAAGGAGCAAACUGAUCUGAGAUCAGAUCCUGACAGCAGCAGACUUACCGCAGACACUUUGGGAAGGCGAGUCCAGACUUCACACAUUACUCCUGGUUUUCAGAAAACUACAAUGGCUGACCGAUUCGACUGCGAUAACUGCAAAGAAUCCCUGUAUGGCCGCAAGUACAUCCAAUCUGAUGACAACCCAUACUGCAUUCCCUGUUACGACAGUCUGUUUUCAAACACCUGUGAUGAAUGCAAAGAGCUAAUUGGCCAUGAUGCAAGGGAGCUCUUCUAUGAGGACAGACAUUAUCACGAGCAUUGUUUCCGUUGUUUCCGCUGCGACCGCUCACUGGCAGAUGAGCCCUUCACCAGCCAGGAUGACGCGCUGCUCUGCAACGACUGCUACUGUAAUGAGUUCUCCUCCAAAUGUGUCGCCUGUGACAAGAUCGUCAUGCCAGGUGAAGGUACAAGAAAAUUGGAGUAUGCAGGCUCCACAUGGCACGAGGGCUGCUUCAUUUGUCACAGCUGUGAACAGCCGAUUGGCUCCAAGUCCUUCAUUCCUGACAAGGACGACCACUACUGUGUGCCCUGCUACGAGGAAAAGUUUGCUCCCCGCUGCACACGCUGUAAAAAGGCCCUGGCUAAAGGUGGUGUGACCUAUCGGGAUGAGCCGUGGCAUAAGGAGUGUUUUGUGUGCACAAACUGUAAGACGCAGUUGGCGGGUCAACACUUCACCUCCAGAGAUGACAGCCCCUAUUGCCUGAAGUGCUUUGGCAGCUUGUACGCCAAGAAGUGUGAGGCCUGCAGCAAACCAAUUACAGGAUUUGGAGGAGGCAAGUACAUCUCAUUUGAAGAUCGUCAGUGGCAUCAGCCGUGCUUCACCUGCUCCCAGUGCUCCAUCUCACUUGUGGGCGCUGGCUUUUUCCCUGAUGGCGACAAGAUCCUGUGCCGUGACUGCAACAGCAACCUAUAAAGCACUUAACCUGAUCUCACCAUUCCUUUUGUUCUUCAAUAGCUUUUUUAAACAACCCAGAUUUACCAUGGAGGGUAACAGGCUAAAAAUAUUCUGCCUCAGGUCAUUUUAACAUAAAGACAUUAGUUUCUCAAUAAACUUGUCAUAUAGGAGGAGCUAUGUUAGUGUGCAAAAUCGUGAUGUUGCUAUGUUGUUUGCAUCAGUGAAAGUUAAAGAUUGAGUGUCUUAUUACCAACAUUAUUUCUAUGUUAUUUAGUGUUUAAAUAAAAUUCUGCAAAUGCUUGUCACUUUGCCAAAAAUGUCUUAAUUAAUAUUACUUCAGGGCUCUAAAGAAAAGACUCAGAACACUGAUAUAGUAUGCAGUCUAUAUUACUAUUCUAAUGCUCUUAUAACUGCAGGUCCAUGCAUUUUGAAUGUUGCUUUUUAUCACCUUUCUCUUAUUGCUUUAUUAUCUUAUGCCUUACCUUAUGCAUUUUGAACAGGUUACUGUAUACAAUGACACAGAAGGAGGUGUGACACUUUUUGUAAAAAGUGGCCAAAUAUUGGACAUAUUUUUCCUUAAAUUUAAAGUGAAAACAUGUAGAAGGUUUGUUGGUGUAGCUAGCUUUUGGUUUCCAGGACAUUUCAUUUGCACUUUGGAAAAGAUGUGCUUUUUUGCUUUCAUUAUUUACUGUUAUGUGCACAUAAUUACACAGUUGAAACACAUGGCAAAAGCAACAAAUUUCUUUUUGCCACUUGUCUGCCUAUCUUAUUUUACAUAAAUGUUCAGUUCAGCCUUCUUUUUUUAAUAUUUUAAUGUGUAUUUUUAUUAUCUGUUCACAAAGAGUCAGUAUGUUUAACUUUGAAAGAAAAUGCAAAACUGUUUUGCAUUGCAAACGUUUGCAUGCCUUAAUUUGCCACUGCUUCUCUCAUUACUUAAUUUGUUGGGUUUUUUAUUGUUAGCUAUAGUCAUGUAUGUCAGAAAUUAUUGUGUUGCAACAAACUAUUUGCUCUCUUAGCAAUUUCUUCUGUUUGGCUUUUUGUUGUCACACAUUUUAAGUCAUCAAACAAAAUUCAUAUAUUGGAGAAAGAUAGAAAAGGCAGUUUUGACAUCAUAAUUUUAUUUAUUGAGGUAAAAACUCACAUAUACUGUACCUGGUCCACUGUGAAAAGUACACUUAAUAACUGGCUUUGUAACUCCUGGAAGCAACAAUUGUUGUCAUGCAUUUGCAAUAAGAGGCAGUGAGUCGUUCAAGGAAUUUUGUCCAACUUUUUUUGCAGAAUUGUUUUAUUUCAGCAACAUUUGAUGGUUUUCCAGCAUAAACUUUUUUUUUUAAGUUAAUUCCACAGGUUCUCAAUUCAAUUGAGGGUUUUGACUUGGUCUCUCCAAAACUUUCUUAUUGCUUUGUUUGCUUGUUGAGCCAUUCAGAGGUGGGCAUAUUGGGAUGGUAUAGAUUAUCAUUCUGCUGAAUAACCAAAGUGUACUUUUAAAGUCACAAAUUGACAAACUGAUGGCCAGACAAUUCAUGGUUGCAUCACUUAUUGCUGGUCAUCCCAGUCAUGAAGCAGCAAAGCAACCUCAUGUCAGGUUCAUCCCAGUCAUGAAGCAGCAAAGCAACCUCAUGUCACUUUACCACCACUAUGUAUGAUUGAUUGCUUACUGUUCUUUUUCUGAGAAGCUGUUAUUGUUAUGCCAGAUGUAACAGGAUGCACAUCCUCCAAAAAGUUCUAUUUUUGUCUCGUGAAUGCACAGAAUAUUUUCCUAAAUGUUUUGGGAAAAAAGAUGUUGUUUUUACGGAUGAGAUCUGAAAGAUCACCAGUGAAUUUCACCUUGAAACUUUCCUAUUGAUACCAUUUUCUUAGUGGUAAAUAAUGAACAAGGACCUUAACUUAGGUAAUUAAAGCCACUCACUGUAUAUGUAGGCUGGGCUCUCCGGUGUUCUUCUGGAUGAGUCACCGAUGGGCGUUUAGAGUAAUUCUGGUCCUCCAGCCACUUUUCAAAACAAUUUUCACCUUUCCAUACUUUAUCCAUUUGUGGAUAGUGGGAAGACAGACAACAAUGCCUUUUACAUUUUGCAUUUUGAGCUUUUUAUUAUUAUUAUUUGUUUCAUCAUUUCAAACUUUCAAGUGUGACAACAAAAAAAAAACAAGAAAUCAGUAAUGAGGCAAAUACUUUUUUUCACAGCAGCAUAGUUAUACUAUUUGUUUUGAUUAUUUCAGCUUUGAUGCUGGUGAGUCAGAGUUGGUCAAUACAUGUUUUAAGAUGGAAAAUAUGCCAUCAAAAUGAUAAUCUUUUUUAAUUUACUGUAAAUCAGUUUGUGAUUGUUGUGGAUAAAUUGUUGCUUCUAUUUUUAAAGAUCAAUUAAAUAAAGUGACACUGACUGA